AUGACGUCCAUGCUAUCAGCACCCUUCGCGCCACUAUUCUACCUACGGCGGCGCUAUCGCCAGGACCCAGACUGGACAUAUCGUCAAGCCCUGACAGUCACCUGGAUGAAGCUCUUCCUCCGCUUGUUCGUAGCAGUCCACACAAAGCCACCUCUAUCCCUCAAACCAGGCCUUGAAGGCGACCGCUUCGUACAGAUAGCACCUGGCCAAACAGAACUCUACACAGGGAUCACCCUGGACGACGAAAUCAAGCCCGCAACCAUAGGCGGCACCUGGUUUCCCUCACUCUACAAAUACGACACCACAACCAGCCAAGACAAGCACGUCGUCCUGCACUUCCAUGGCGGCUCCUACAUCCUCGGCGAUGGCCGCAUAGCAUCAUGCAAAUACCUCGCAGACAGCCUCCUCAACCACACUCCCUCAAGCCACGUCUUCAGUCUCCAAUACCGUCUCGCCUGUAACCCGCACUGCCGCUUCCCAGCCCAGCUGCAAGAUGCCAUCACCGCCUACUCCUACCUCAUCCACACCCUCCACAUCCCAGCAACCCGUAUCGUACUAAGUGGCGAUAGCGCAGGUGGCCACUUGGUCCUCGCCCUCCUUCGGUACAUAUCCGACUACAACGACGACGCGGUUCUUCCACCGCCAACAUGCAGCUGGCUCUUCUCGCCGUGGUGUGAUGUCCCCGGUGCGCGUAGUAAGAGUCUUUGGGAAAAUAUUCCCAAUGCAAAGACGGAUUAUAUUCCAGCCUCGUUCCCGGCUUGGGGUGCAAAGCAUUUGAUUGGGGAUAUGGAGAUCACUCGUGAGAUGGAGCCGUAUCUUGCGCCGAUCUGGUUUCCUUUUGUGCUUCCUUCUUCGGUUUUGGUGGUUUCUGGUGGGAGGGAGGUGAUGUGUCAGGAGCAUGAUCGGCUUGUGAGGCAUUUGGCGAAGUUGCAGCAGAAUGAGCAGAGGGUGGAGUUCUUUGUGCAGGAUAUCUUGCCACAUGAUGUUUUGAUGGUUGCUUGGAUUCUGAACUUUAGGAAGGAGGCUGACCAGUGUGCUGUUAAGGCGGGCACGUUCUUGACUCAGGUCCUUGGGGCCUCAGAUGAUAGUGAGGUUCCUUGUGUGCCUUUCGAGGGUCAAUGA